GGCGCAUUUAAAUGCAAUGCCGUAUCUCCGGAUUUCUUUCGACCUCCAAUCAUCCUCAAAACCAGUCUUUCCUAUCAGAAUUUCAGCUCCCCACCAUACAAUCCAGCCCUCCCCACCAACAAUUUCUCUCCGUUCCAUCACACCUCAAUAUGGCCCCCAAAACAUGGCUCGUCACCGGCGCCUCAUCAGGCCUGGGCACUGCCAUCGCCGAGGUAGCCCUUCACGCCGGAAACAAAGUCAUCGCAACAGCCCGUAAUCCCGCAAAAGCAGCCAAAGAGAACCCCCAGAUCGAAGCAUUGGGAGGCACAUGGCUGGAGCUGGACGUGACGAACGUAGAAACUCCCAAGAAGGUGCAAGAUGCCAUUCAGCAAUCCGGUGGCGCGAUCGACGUGGUCGUCAACAAUGCGGGGUACUCGCUGCUCGGCAGUAUUGAGGACAUGAGCGAGGCAGAGAUCGAGAACCAGUUCAGCACGAAUGUUUAUGGUCCUGUUCGAGUUUUGAAGGGUGUUUUGCCUUUUAUGCGAGCGCAGCGAUCGGGAACGAUUGUCAAUGUAAGCAGUAUCGCUGGAAUGGAUGGAUUGCCUUCGUGCGCGAUGUAUGCGGGGUCAAAGUUUGCUCUUGAGGGUAUGUCUGAAAGCCUCUCACGAGAAUUGGCACCAUUUGGCAUUCGAGUGAUUAUCGUUGAACCUGGUCAAUUCCGAACCAAGUUCCUGUCAGCCUUCGUCGAACCUGCCGCUGGACUGAAUGAGGAUUAUAUUGGAACUCCCCUCGAGUCUACACUCAAAGUGUUUAGGACGCACGACGGGAAACAAACUGGCGACCCGACCAAGGCUGCUCAGAGGGUUCUGGACGUUGUGACGGGCACUGGGAUUGGCGCAGGAAAGGAGAAUCUGCUGCGACUUCCUCUUGGCCCUGAUUGCUAUCAACGAUUCCAGGCGAAGCUUGACGCUGUGCAAGAGAAUCUGGCACAAGCAAAGGAUAUCGCCCAUUCUACUAACCUUUGAGUGUGAGUGGAAAAUGGUGGUGGUAGACGCUACUUGACUGGCUGGAUCCCAGAAGAUAAGAUAUUACAAGACAUGCGGCCGCGUUAGCAAGAUCUACAGCAUAUAGAAAUCAAACAAAUAAUCACAAG